GGAGGUUUUGCGCGGGCUGGUAUGUAUGGCUCUGGUGUCUCUUCUGACUAUGGCAUCUCCUUCCUUUAUGCCGAGUGCUGUCUGCUUGUAGACGGUGGUCUUGUAGACUAGCAGGUAGAGAUUUGCGCACUCGUGCAUUUGCUCGACGAACCUCUGGACUACCUACAACAACGUCUAUCCCUGCAGAUGUAGUAUGGAGCGAUGUCCAAACAACUCACAUCAGACAACGUUGUGGCGUCUUGGCAGGGCAGACCACCCAUAGACGGAUAGUGCUUACACUGCCACCCAGAGUUAAAACCAUAAGGCUACUCAUGGACUUGUGGGUUUAGUUGGUACCUCUCAUCUGUAGUGUUCACGAUGCGAUUCCCGCUUCGUUUGCCCGGCUCGAGUAAAAAGGAAGACGUUAUCUAUUGUGAAGUCGAGGUCGAUCCCAAUGAAUCAAACAACAGCAUUCAUGGCCGCGUGCCCAAAGUUGCUGGCUGGCCUACGGUACCAAGGCGCGUGGGGGGCUUCUCGUUGUGGAUAGUCGCCGACUUGGUUCUACUACUCAUGCCCAUCGCGUUUAUAGUGCUGGCUGUUUUGGCUUAUCGACUGGACCGCGAGCCAAUCUCAGACCAUGGCAAGGCAGUCAAGUUUGCAACGACUCUGGGUCCGACGGUUUUUCCUCUUGUGUUUGCCGCGCUGGGUGGGAGGAGCUUGAAGAAGAUUGCGUUGUGGAAGGCUGAGAGGGGGACUACACUGGGGGCUCUGGAACAUCUGAUUGGGAGUCAAAGCCUAGUCGCUGCAUUUGGACAUGCGGUAGCCCUUCAUUCCGUGGACAUCCUCUCGCUCAGCAUUCUUGUGCUAUGGAUGCUAUCUCCCCUCGGAGGGCAGAGUGCAUUGCGAUUGAUGCACGAGACCAACUCCACCGUGUCCGAUGUGGGACCCGUCUACUAUGCCGACGUGAAUGCAGCCAGCGCAUUUCCGAGUCAGUCCGACAACGUCGAUGCGGUGAAUCUCGUCAGUGCAGUAGUUUCAGCGAGCCUCGCGACUGCAGACACAUCAGACAACACGACUACAGACGCCUGGGUCCACCCCAAGAUACCCCGUCUUGCAGAAAUCGAACGAGACGAAGCGAGAAACGCCACUGAACGCCCUUGGAUGUCCGUUGCCGACAACACCAACCUGGGCUAUGCUUCGUUGACUGGCAUUAACGUGAUGAACUUACGACAAGGCAGUGAUUCCAAUUUUACAAUUCCGGCCGAGUACAUGCAUUUGGGCUGUGAACUGAAGAUUGCCGGACCGGGAACGCAAGACACUAUCGAUUAUCUGAAUGGAUUAGGAACCGCUCGCCAUCCUUACUAUGAGAUCCUAGCCAAUGGGACGGAUUCGUCCGUCAUCACAGCCGGAAGCAUGUUUAGCAAGACGAGCUUCUUCAUCUACGGAGUCAACGCCAAAGGAGACAACACAACUGGAGAGAUACCAAGUAAGCUUCUCUACGGCGCUAAUAACUUCAACGGCGAUGCGUUUCUUUACGAGUGCUCUUUGGGAAGCGUUCUGGUAGAAGCAGAGGUGACUUGUCGCUCAGCCUCGUGUGUCGUCGAACGCCUCCGCCGCCUCUCAAUACCGAGGGCAGAUCGGAACGCUACGGCAGGCCUCCCAUGGGACGUUGUAAACGUCGGACACUGGUACACAUACUUCACGCGACACAUCCCCGGCAUCGCAGGCACGACAUCCAUAUACAAAAACCAUCCCAUCGACAACUACGUCUACGGAGAGAACCCAUGGAGUUCCUGGGGCGCACACGAUGCGACUUCUCCCCCGUCGUACCACAACUGGACCACUAUAAAAGCAGAGGAUAUGUCCAAGCGGCUGACCAGAGUGCUGAAUACGUACUGGGACUCCAGCCGCUGGAUGCUGGCCAGUACGCGGAACGACCCGUACGGGACGUCGUCGCUGAAUACGACGACCCAUCAGCCGUUCCCCAGCAUGACCAUGAAGAGCACGGAUGCGGUCUUCACCCGCCAGAUCACCAUCUACAAGGCGAAUAUCCCGUGGGUGGUGUCGUUGAUCGCGUGUUCGCUUGUGCUGCUGGUGUUUGGCGCUGCCAGCUUGGUUUUGUCGCUUGGAGUUGUGGCGCCCGAUAUCUUCGACUAUGUGUCGUCCUUUACACGAGAUAAUCCGUAUAUUGCGGCGCCGGUGGGUGGCUCAGGGCUUGACGGCGUGGAGCGAGCGCGCUUGCUGAAGAGAAUGAAGGUGCAGUUGGGGGAUGUGGAUAAGAGUGAAGAUGUGGGUUAUAUUGCAUUGAGGAGUGUGGAUGGCAAGAAAGAUUGCGAGGAUGGGAGAAUCAAAAAGGAGAGGACGUAUCGCUGAACGACUAUGUUGGAUUGGCUUGGUGCAUUGUUGGGUCUGAUUUCUGCUAUAGCGAAAAGCUAACAGGCAAGAUGAUUCAAUUACCUACACGACCAUGUACAGUUGAACAAGCUCAUUCGCUUUGUUUCUAACACACAAUACCGCCCUUCUAGGAGAAUUCAGUCACUAAUUCUC